CGUAAAUUUCGGCCAACCAUGCCAUAAAUUUAGCGGCAGAUCGCUUCGUGCGUGCGAUUCGACAAGCUGGCUGACGCUGUCCCUUCUUCCGAUUUAGAGCUCCUCGUGGCUGGCAAGAACUGGGCCGCCCCGAAGAAGCCUGUACUUUAGUCGUACUUAACUUGAGCCCUCCUACACAGUAAAGCUCCACCAGGCCUACAACCAAGAUCUAUGCGCCUCUGCUCAUUCUUAUUAUGAUAUUCACCUCUGGCGUCGAGAGCGGAGUCCCCCAUACCCUCGUUCUCAGGUCAGAGGAAAACGUCGGACAAUUGUUGCACACCAAUGUCAGCGGAGAAGGCCACCUGCUAACAUACUCGGAUUAGGAGUUCGCAUCAGAGAAUUGAGCGCGAUCGCUGAUUAAUUAAGAUGACAGAUGAUGGGUCGAUGGAUCUAAACUGCACUCUCAUCUUCCCUCGAGUGAUGGAAUGCAUGCGGCCGGACCGCUUUGCCGGCCACUCGGGAUAUAUUCGAGGAUAGAGGAGAGGUUCGACAUCAACUACUAUGUCACCCAAUUUAGAACUCUUCGAUUAGAUUGUUUGUCUACGUAUCUUAAGUUUGUAAGAAACGAGGUAAAGCAUCCAUUUGCCACCUACUUGUACCCCGCUCAAUACCCGGGGUACUUAACUGGGUGACGCCAAGUUAGGAUCGGGAUGUUAUUAAAAGCUAAUUUAGCGUUCAGGUGAAGAGCUUCAAGCGAUAAAGCUUAUUAACAGUCUUA